GUGACGAUAUCGAUGACAGUGUCAAAAAUGGCUAUUGUUUCUAUUUACUUUAACUAAUUUGCAUUGUAAAACAUUGAUUGAUUCGCGUACCGUUGUAGUUCAGAAAUAGGAUAAUGUGCGGCUGAAUCGAAGUUUCCAGUUAAAGCAAUCACUAUACAUAAAUAAUAUGAAACAAAUUAUUUGUUAAAAGUUAAGGGCAGUGUCAGGAAUACACACACACUCAUAUAAAGAGAGAGAAAGAUAAAGAUAUUUGUAGCACAAAGAUGCCUUGCAGCAAGUGCAACUCUGAUUUUAAUGUGUUGAAUUGGAAAUUGAAGUGCUUUGAGUGUGAAACUAAUUUCUGUUCAAAAUGUUUAACAAAAGUCUAUGGUAAUACUUAUUGUGAUGUAUGUGCAAUUUUAAUUAUACGACCCCCAAUUCGGGAUAGGCUGAUGGAGCUGAAAUCUAAGGAUUUGCAAAACUAUUUGAACAAAAACAAUGUAUCCACAUAUGGAAUUGUUGAGAAACAGGAGCUUGUUGAGCUAUUUUAUAAGAAGCCCAUGCCAGCAACCAAUCAAAAAUCCAGCAAAAAAUUCUACAAUCCUUUAUCUGGAUCUCUACCAAACAAAUUGGGACAAAAUUUAUUCCAAAAGUAUAGAAGUAACGCUGAGACAACGUUUAAUACGAGAAAUUGGACCAAUGGUGGGCGUUCCUCUGAGCAUUUUGCACCGAGACAAGCCCCACCCCCGCCGCCGCCUCCUAGGCCACCUCCGCCGCAACCGUCGGCACCGCCAGCAGAUCCAAUCCCGGAACCGUCGACGAAUGCGGGCGAAGGAUCUCAGGCGGAUAGUAGCCCGUUACAACGUUUGAAGCUAUCCGAUUUUCAUUCGCCGGAAAAUCUGAAUGAUCUAUCAGUGAAGCAACUGAAGGAAUUGUUGAAUUUAAAUCGGGUAGAUUACAAAGGGUGCGUGGAGAAGGCGGAGCUUCUCGAAAGGGUGAAUCGUUUAUGGCAGGAUUGCCAUAUGAGAAAAACCGAUGAAUCCAAUGAGAAUUUCAACGAGUUAUGCAAAAUCUGUAUGGACGCCCAACUAGAUUGCGUGUUAUUAGAGUGCGGUCACAUGGCGACUUGCAUCGACUGCGGCAAGAGAUUGGCCGAAUGCCCGAUUUGCAGGCAGUACGUUACGAGGGUCGUAAGAACAUUCAAAGUUUAAUUGUAAUUGAUCAUACCUACCGGCUACUCGCUCCACGAUACUUCUCAAGUACUAAUGCAAGUAAGCGAAUAACAAAAUUAUACUUUACAUGUAUCGUGUGGUGAGCGGUCGGCUUUACGUUUUUGUUAAAACAAUAAUGCCAUACAAGUUUUCAUUCAUAUCAAAACGCGAAAGCAAAUUUUGUAAAUAUUUUAGAUUCAAAUUUUAUAUGGGGAUUGCCCCAAAAACCCUAAUCGGAUAAGAAUAGAUAUAUAUAUAUAUAUAUUAGGUAAUCUACAAAGAAGAACACAUGC